AUGUCUUCCACAUCUUUCCCCCACCAUGCCAAGACGCCCGCUGCUGUCAGCAUGCGCCGCUCCUACAAGGCCUACAGGAGUCCCUUCGGUCCCCAAUACACCAUCCCUAAGAACUACCACGGCAUCACGGUCGGCACCGUCGCGAGAUACGGUACUCUCGCUGCCGGAUUCGGUGGUGUAGCCGGCUUCUUUGCCCUCUUCUUCUUCGCCGAGGUUCCCAAGGUCCGCGAUGAUAUCAUGAAGAAGAUUCCCGUCCUGGACAAGUUCUUCACACACGAGAUUCCUCCCGAGGACAACCCUUUCUAA